AUGUCCAGAAUUCUCUUGCAGGUGAUAUUUACAGCAUACAUCUUCAACCACAUCUUUGUUCCUGGGACACAUUAUUUGAAUCAAGUACAGAAAUCUCUUAGCUUCCUGUGGUUGUUUGCAAACACCGUUGGUCUCUGGUUCACUGCCUGUCUUGGCAUUUUCUACUGUGUGAAGAUCACCAUCUGCAACCAGCCCCUCUUCCUUCGAAUGAAGCAGAAAAUCUCUGUGAUGGUCCCCAAGCUGCUCCUGUGGUCACUGCUGGUCUCCUUCGUUACCUCUAUCCCAUUAAUCUGGAGUGAUUACAGAUUUUACCUUUGCAUCUCAAAAGGGCAUCUUUUCAGUAACAGCACUGUGGAAGAUAAAACCUGGGAUGUCUCAUACCUUUACUUCACUCUUCUGUACAGUGCAGCAUCUUUCAUUCCUUUUAUCAUAUUUUUGACAACAUCCAUCCUGUUAAUUUCCUCUCUGUGGAGACACACCAGGAAUAUGCAGUGCAAUACAACCAGCUUCUGGGACCCCAGUACAAAGGCCCAUGUAAGUGCCAUUAAAGCUCUGAUCUCUUGCCUUAUUCUCUAUAUUUUCUAUUUUGCAGCUGUGAUUGUGAGCGCAUUACCUACUUGUUUGACUGAUCGCAUCUGGACACGUACAAUCACUCACAUGGUCCUUGCUGCUUAUCCUUCAGGGCACUCCCUUAUCCUGAUUCUAAUUAAUCCCAAACUGAAGCAGGCAUUGGUGAGGAUUCUGCAGAUUAUCAAGUGCCAUCUGAAAGGAGAAAUUUUUUAA